ACCAAAUUCAGCCGCAAAUACGAGGGCUCGGGCGAGGAGUCGGCCCGUCGGGCCAUAUUUGAGGAGAACUACAACCGUAUAAAAGGGCAUAACUUUGAGGCCGAGUCCGGGGAACAGACAUUCAAACUGGCGGUCAAUCAGUUCGCGGACUUCACGAACACAGAAUUCAAGCAUAGAGUCAAUGGAUUCCGGCAUAAAAAACAGGCAAAUGUUUCCGUGUAUACAGGAACUGGCGAUGAACUCCCGGAUACUGUGGACUGGCGUACCAAAGGUGUAGUGACUCCCGUUAAAAAUCAGGAACAGUGCGGUUCGUGUUGGGCAUUCUCAGCCGUGGCUAGUAUUGAAGGUCAACACGCGUUGACCACCAAAAAGCUGGUCUCCCUUUCGGAGCAAAAUCUAGUCGACUGUUCCCAAGCUGAGGGGAACGAGGGCUGUGAGGGCGGCCUAAUGGACGACGCCUUCGAGUAUGUCAUCAAAAACCACGGCAUCGACACCGAGAGCUCCUACCCCUACAAAGCGAUCGACGAGAAGUGUGUAUUCAAAAAGCAAGCUAUCGGUGCGACUCUCACCGGCUUUAAGGACAUCCAGUCGGGCAGUGAGUCGGCCCUACAAUCGGCGGUGGCAACUGUGGGCCCCAUAUCGGUAGCCAUCGACGCCUCCAGCUUCACGUUUCAGUUCUACAGCUCCGGCGUCUAUAACGACAAGACUUGCGGUAAUAAACAGGAAGAUCUGGAUCAUGGGGUGACAGCAGUGGGGUAUGGCGUACAGGACGGGAAGGACUACUGGCUCGUGAAGAAC